AUGACUUAUGCGGAGCUUGACGUAUGGGACUAUAUAUUUUUCACUUUUGAAACCAUUUUGAAUGUUCUGUUUGUCCCUAUCGUAUGUUUUCUUUUCUACAUAUGUAUCACACAAAAGAACUUACAUGUGAAUUUUAGGUCAACGCUGUUCGUAACAGGUGUUGGAUACUUAAUUUGUGCAAUACAUAGGCUAGUACUUGUGCCGACGAGACUGUGCUGUAUAGCCCGGCGAAUGACACCUUUUGUGAAUCAAAUUAUGGUCGCCCAGUUCACUGGAGGUUACAUCGCAGUAUUCGGCUGGUUAUUUGUUGCUGUGGAAAGAGCCACAGCAACUGUUUUUACCAAUAAAUAUGAGGCGAAUUGUACUGGGUGGCUAAUGCCGACUGUACUUUGUGGCGCUGUGUUAGUUCUGACGGCUCUGGUCGACGUCCUUGGCAUUUUCAAACUGGUUAACAACUUUCGACUGUACCUGAUUAGUCUAAAUACUUUUCUAAUUGCUGUCUCUUUUGUGGCGUUCAUCAUAAUAGUGCUAUUCAACAAAUCAGCUUAUCGCAAUCGACACAAUACUAUGAUGCAACUGGGCAGUCGUUACCAAUUAGAUGAAAAUAUACGGGGAGCCUGUUAUGUUAUUCCAGUUGCCCUCAACGAUCUUAUAGUGAAGAUUAUCUUUUCCUGUCUAAUGGGGUACUCGAUGUUCUUCACAGAUAUUCCACUCGGCCAAAACACCAGUCAUUUGAGUCAUGCAUAUGACCUUUUGUCAGCCUAUCAGCGGACAUUUUUCGGAUUAGCCCUGACGCUUCGAAGUCAGAAAUUGGACCACAUCAUGAAGCGGGAAAAGAAAACUGUGAAGGUUAUCGACGGAAUGUUGUUGUCAAAAUUGUGCUGCACUCGUCCGAAAUGUAAGGAUCCCGCUCUUUAUGAGCUCAUACUUGUAGUCGCCCAUUUGUCCAAUCUAAAAAAGUCGUUGAAAUUUGUCGGUAAAGAGCUUGACGUAUGGAACUACGUAUUUUUCAUUUUUGAAACCACUUUGAAUGUUCUAUUUAUUCCUAUCGUAUGUUUUCUUUUCUACAUAUGCAUCACACAAAAGAACUUGCAUGUGAAUUUUAGGUCAACGCUGUUCGUAACAGGUCUUGGAUACUUAAGUUGUGCAAUACAUAGGCUAAUACUUGUCCCGACGAGAAUGUGCUGUAUAGCGCAGCGAAAUACUCCUUUUGUGAAUCAGCUAGCGAUCGUCCAGUCCGUUGGAAGUUACAUCGCAAUAUUCGGCUGGGUGUUUGUUGCCGUCGAAAGAGCCGCAGCAACUGUAUUUACGAACAAAUAUGAGGCGAAUUGCAAUGGAUGGUUAAUGCCGACCGUACUUUGUGGCACUGUGGUAGUUCUGACAGCUCUGAUCAUGGUCGUUGGCUAUCUUAGAUUGGUUAACAACUUUGAAAUGUACAUUAUGGGUCUAAAUUCUUUCCUUAUUGCCGUCUGUUUUGCGGCGUUCAUCAUAAUAGUGCUAUUCAACAAAUCGGCUUAUCGGAAACGACACAAUUCUAUGAUGCAACUGGGGAGUCGUUACCAAAUAGAUGAAAAUAUACGGGGAGCCUGUUAUGUUAUUCCAGUUGCCCUCAACGAUCUCAUAGUGAAGGUCAUCUUCUUCUGUCUAUUGGCGUACUCGUUAUUCUUCACAGAUAUUCCACUUGGGCAAGACACCACUCAUUUGAGUCACGCUUAUGAUGUUUUGCUGGCCUACCAGCGGAUAUUUUUCGGAUUAGCGUUAACGAUUCGAAGUCAGAAAGUGGACCACAUCAUGAGGCGAGAAACGAAAACCAUGAAGGCAACCGCAAAUGAGGCACCAGCAGCAUCUAAUUACCACAACGAACUUAAAGCAAUGUGGGCAUAA